AUGGAGAAUCCGCUGGUGGCCGUCAUUACAUCGUCGGCUGUUGAAUCGCGGGUCAAAAAGCGUGGAUUCAUCUCGAUUUCACAACUAUUGCAACCGUUCGCCACACAUUCAGUCAACGUCAGGGAUCCGUCUACAGGUCAGCCAGUGUCUGUAAAUGUGAAAGUAGAGUUUAACGAUUUGAAUAAGGAAGGACAUCUCCUCACCUUGUCGGUUCUUCCACAUGUGCUUUUCGAGGUGCUACAGUCAAAAUCUGUUCUGAAUGAUGCCCUCGUUAGUUUUGAAGCUGCUUUGCGGAAGUGGACUGAACCAGCUGAGCAAGAGACUUUCCGUACAUACCUUGCUUGUAUAUUCGUUGUUGCUGGAGGCGAGGAGAAUCCAAUGAGUGAAUUAAGCAAACUCGUGCAAACGCAACAUACGCAACAGGUUUAG